AUAUAUCAACCAACCAACAACCACUUUUUGUAAAGUUGUUAUGUUGUGAGGGUUAGGGUCAUUAACCUAUUAAUUGCCACUUAGUACAGUCGCUGUUUAUUUUAACCUCGUCUAUGCAUAGAUGAAAAUACUUUUAUAGUUAAAAGGUCGUUUUGGAUAAGUGAAAUAUUAUGUGUUGCUGUGUGACAAAUUAAACAUUCUUUUGUGUGGUCCAAUUUUGUUAAUAAUUUGUUACAGUAAGAUUAGCUCUGUGUGUAAAGUGGACAAGUAAUACUAAAUUUACCUUUGAAAUAGUUUUCGAAAGUAAUUUUUAAGUCACUGGUCAAUCUAAGCAUAAUGGGCAUUGGAGAUAAUAAAAUUGAAUAUGUUGUAUCAGCACCAGGCAAGGUAAAGUCAGAACUUGAAGUGGGUGCAGGCACUGGUAGUUCUGCUGCAUUUGCCGUUGCUGUAGCAGGGUCAAUUUUCUAUUAUAGAAAAUGUCUUGAGAUGAACAAGACAUUAGGAUUUCAAAAUUCUUCGAAUUUCUCACCUAAACAGGAGCAAGACAUUGGUGGAGCUACGGAAUCACCGACUAAAAUAUUCUCUAAUGAAGAAAUUAAAAUCAUCAAUAAAUGGGCUUUUUGUAUGGAAAAGUUAACACAUGGACGACCCUCUGGAAUAGAUAACACCACAUGUACUUUUGGAUCUGUAGUUGUAACAUGCCAAAACCAAGAUCAUCCUGGAGAGCUAAAUUUCAAUAUUUUGAAAAACGUACCUGAAAUAUCUUUACUCCUUAUUUCUACAGGUGUCUCACGAAAUACAUCCAAUCUUGUUGCGAAAGUAAAACAGUUAAGAGAUAGGAACUGUGCUGUUGUCGACGCUAUAAUGAAUGCGAUGGAUGUUAUUGCUACAGAAGCCUGCAAUACACUAGAUUCUUUGAGUGUUAAGUCAUUAAAUGAUACCGACAUUUUGGAGUUAUACAAGACUCUUGGUGGAUUAAUGGAAUUGAACCAUGGUCUACUGAGAACCUUGGGAGUUUCACAUGAGAGCUUAGAAAAUAUAGUGGAUGUAACCAGUCGCCAUGGUUUGACUAGUAAACUGACCGGGGCAGGUGGAGGAGGCUAUGCAAUAACUCUGCUACCUCCUAACAUGUCAAGAGGUCUUAUAGAAACAUUGGAAAAUGAAUUGGGGCCAACUUUCAAAGUAAUAGAGGUCAGUAUAGCUCAAGAAGGCGUAAGGUUUGAGAAAUUGUGAAACUAAAACUUGCAUGGAAGCAUAUCUGUUGAGGCAGUUUUUAUGUUUUAUUAUCUAAAUCUUAAAAUUCUAACUCUCCUCUAGUAGCUGUUAAAUGUUGUAGAGUAAAAGGAAAGUUGUUAUGCUGAAAUAAUUCAGUUAAUGAGAACAUUAUCUUAAUUCUUCUUUGAAGGACAUUUCUUAUACUUAAACAUCAGUAAAUUGAUAUACAGUGUUAUACUUGAACAUAUUCUAAGGCUGACUGAAUUCUUUAGGCUCUCAAUGAAAUGGUCUAGAGGCCAGCAAAACUAAGAAAGGUACAGUUUGUUUACAAGACCUAAAUCAUAUAGGCAUUAUAUUACCCUCAACUCUUUCAUUUAGUAAGGCAUGAAUAUUGCCUUGAAUUGAGAUAAUCUUUUUAACAGCUUACGUCCAAUAAUGGAAGCUAGCAAAAUGGACAAUGACCUGUCACCAACAAAUGUGCCCUGAUGCUGACUGAAUAAAACGAUAUAGGCCUACUUAUAGAGAAUACACGUUAGGCUAUAGUUUCAUAGUUCAUGAGAAUGUAUACUCUGUACAUAUAAAGGUCAUCUCAAAUUGAAUCUUUUUGAGACACCUAAUAUACAAUACAGAGGAACUUGAACAAUUGGAAGCUCAAGGGACCAAUACAAAUUUUAAACUAUCCCAGACUUUGAAUUAUAAAUACUUAAUUAUUAUUCUAUUAGUAAGAAUGUCAAGGGAAUGGGAAUAAAGUUAGAAUCAUCUAAAAUUUCCCUUUUUAAUAUUAGAAUUAUCUGAGUUUGACUGUAUUUGUAAUUUGACAACAGAAUAAUGUAACAUGUAUAAAAAAUAAUAGGUAAAUAACUUUAUACAAGCUGAUAUAUAUACACACACACGCACACCGUGUUGUGUGGGAGCAAAGCGUUAAAAGUUCAUAGUUUUAAUUUGACCAAACUAUUUUUUAUAUUAAGCCUUUUAGAGUUUACUAAUAGAAAUUUUUUGUUAUGAAAAAAAAGAUGUUUUACACAUGAAGUUACUAAUCAAUCCAAGAAUACCAGUUGCUUUUAAACAUUUUGAAAGAUUUCAUAUUGUACUUUCAUUCAUUUAGCCUUACACUUGUUCAUGUUUUCUGUUUUAGAAUAACAAAAGCCUUAGUAUUUUAAACUUGUUUUUUUAAUAAUAUCUCUAACUGAAAACCCUUUUCACUGCCCACAAUUUUGUUGUAUUUUGUUAGUUAUCUAAAACUGCCAAGACAUAUUUCACCUAAAAUUCAAAGUUUUAUAUUAUUUACCAAGUAAGUCAAGUAAUUAAACAACUACACACAUAACAUUAGCUGAUUUAUUGGUAAUUAUAUCAGCUUUCUUACAAUAUCAAUAUAUAUAAUUUUGACACUUUAUGGAAAAUUCAAGCACAUUUACACAAUAAAUGGUUCUUAUUUGGUUCUCAAAUGUAUAAGGAUAAAAUAUGAGCUACUUUUAAAUGGCCUAAUUUGAUUAUUAGAAUGUUUUCUAACAUGCAUGCCACAUUUUAACUCUACUUGGCAGUAUAUAGUGAGUAUAUCACAAGACAGCAUAGCCAUAGUCAGGAUGAUGUAUCCAAAUGGAUUCAUGCUAAGUAAAGGGUUAAGGUCCCAUGCAACGGUUUAUAUGUUACAAUUUUGUUAUGCAACACAAUAUUCACAGAAUAUUUUUGCGGCACCAUUUUCAUGUUAUUACAUAAUAUUAUGUUUGUUUACUGCAGACAAUGUAAUUUUUUAUGAAUAAGUUGAAAUAUAAUAAAAUCUGUUCAUUUUUUCAGUCUUUCAGUCGACUUGCACAAAAAUAGAUGAAAGUGACAUUAUUGUAAUUUUAUUAAAAUUAGAUCAGUAACAUGAGUGCUAAAACAUGAUUUUUUUUAGUUACUAACUUAUUCUAAUUGAUUUAGAAAAGAAAAUAAGAAUAAUUAUAGGCCAAUCAGUAAGUGUUUAUUUUCACGUAAUCAUAAGAUUAUGUAUUAAUUUUUAUUUUUAUUGUAAAAUAGUGUUACAUGGUACAAGUGUAUCAAAUAUAAAUGGGACUGUUUAAAAAAAUUGAACUUUGACUGAACUUACGAAUAUAUACUGUUAUUAUUUUUCUACAUAUUCUGCUACCCUUGAAAUACAUUUGCCCCAUCACAUUGGGAGAUUUUUUAUUUCAUCAUGGUACUCCUUUGACAUUCGCUUAAUCAUUGGAGCACAAAUGCCACUUAGUUACCCUCGAAACACUGGCCUCCAACUUGGUUCAAAAAGAUCAAAGUCACAAAGUAAGAAGUCUGUGCUAUAGGGCAGAUGUUCCGUGUUUCCCAUCCUAAUGCAACAAAUUUUUGCCUCAUGGCAUUAGCUGUAUGUGGUCUGGCAAGGAGCAGAACAUUUUUGGUCAACUACUGCUUCCUUUCUCUUUCAAAUAAUAAUUUUGUGACAUGCAGUGCUUCAAUAUAAUAUAGUGCAUUAUGAUUUCAAAAAGAGAGUUAUGUGCCAAUUUUCCCAAUGAGAUUUUGAACUGUCUCGGUGUUGAUCUUGGUACCACUCACCAUUAGGUGACGAUCGUAGCUCUCGUUCUCAAUCUUUUCAUCCUCCUCAGAAAUAUUAUUGUGCCAAGCAAACACACUGGGGUAUUUUACCCAAACUGUGCCCAUAGUUGCCGCAAAAAUGUAUAAUAUAAUUUACUGCUCCACAGAGACGUGCACUUCUUGUUCACCCAUAAUUUGUUUGGAUAGCAAAGAGAUCCAAGAGAGUUGCAGUCGGUUCCUCCCUCUUCCUAACAGUACAAGGUAUCGCCACAUCAAUAGAUUGUAGGUUAAUGAUUCCUUCGGAAUUCCUUUAUAUAACCAGUCCCAUUUAUAUCUGACACACCCUCAUAUUAACAUUUCGGGGAUGAAAUUAACUGUCUGUAAAUAGUUAAAACUAAUUAACGCUGUAGGGAAGUAAAAUAAAUUGUAAGAUUGUGAUACUUUUAUAUGUAAAUUUUUAUUAUCAAGUAGAAAAGUUCAUUGGUUUAUAAAAAUAAGGAAUAUUAUAUUUUGUAAUAAUUAUUUAAGUUAACAUUGAGAAUUUUCAGCUCUACUAGAAUGUUACUAGGCUAAGACAAGUUAAAAGAUUGGGAGCUUAAUAUUAAAUAUUCAGUUUUGUAAAAGCUACAUUUGUCAAUUUAUUGAAGUAUUAAUUGAAGUCAACAAAUAUUUUGUUCAAAUACCAAACUAAAUAAUAUGCAACAAUCUAUUGGUACAAAGUAUUAUACCAAACCAUAUGAAAACGCAGUGUUUGAUAACACAGAUGCGUGACAGGGGGUAGUAAAUUCUCCAUGAAUGAAAUAGGGGACAAAUAAAAUUGGGUUCACAAAAAGAUUUACUGUAGCCUUGACAGAACCUAAUCAGAGAAAACCACUAACUACAUUAUACCAUAAGCUCCAAUCAGUAUUCUUUAAACUUCUAUAUAGGUUCCUUUAUACAUCUAGUUAGUAUUGUUACUAUAUUAUUUUAUAGAAAAAAUGUUUUACUGUUAAUUUUUACUUAUUUUAUAAUGUUGUAUUUUUAUAUAUUUAAUAAAGUUGUUUCUUUAAGA